AUGGAGGAGGUGAAUGCGAUCGUGAGUUCAUUUGUGAGCCGAGAGAUAUCCUUUCGUUUUAAUUCGAUUUGCUUGAAUGGGUGGAUGGAUGGAUCGCUAGUUAGUUGAUUCCUUCACGUCGCAGAACGUUCUGGGGAAAACAAGGAGGCAGAUUCGCAUUUUACUGGACAAGGCGGCCCGGAUGAUUUCGUAUGAAGCGUAUGUGAGAGGAAGCAAUGACAAUAUUUGUACCAUGGUAAUUUCUUUAGCUGACGUGGAUU